CACUCGGUAACCAGGAGGAACUGCACGGGCUCACAGAGGUGGGAGGUGUACGCUUCUCCGUUUAGCCGGCCCGGAAGGGGAUCCGCGCGGUUGAGGUGACCGGGCACUGAGCAUUUCGGAUCUGCUUGGUAAACCUGGUGUACCACCAUGCUCGCGUCAAGACUUGUGUGUCUUCGGAUACUCCCUUCCAGGGUUUUCCACCCAACUUUCACCAAGGCCUCCCCUGUUGUGAAGAACUCCAUCACAAAGAAUCAAUGGCUCUUAACACCUAGCAGGGAAUAUGCUACCAAGACAAGAAUUGGGGUCCGGCGUGGAAGACCUGGCCAAGAACUCAAGGAGGCAGCAUUGGAACCAUCGAUGGAAAAAAUAUUUAAAAUUGACCAGAUGGGAAGAUGGUUUGUUGCUGGUGGGGCUGCCGUUGGUCUUGGAGCACUGUGCUACUACUAUGGCCUGGGAAUGUCUAAUGAGAUUGGAGCUAUUGAAAAGGCAGUAAUUUGGCCUCAGUAUGUGAAGGAUAGAACUCAUUCUACGUAUAUGUACUUAGCAGGAAGUAUUGGUUUAACAGCUUUGUCUGCUCUGGCAGUAAGCAGAUCUCCUGUUCUCAUGAACUUCAUGAUGAGAGGCUCUUGGGUGACAAUUGGUGCAACCUUUGUGGCCAUGAUUGGAGCUGGAAUGCUGGUACAAUCAAUACCGUAUGACCAGAGCCCAGGCCCAAAGCAUCUUGCUUGGUUACUACAUUCUGGUGUGAUGGGUGCAGUGGCAGCUCCUCUGACGGUAUUAGGGGGGCCUCUUCUCAUCAGAGCUGCAUGGUACACAGCAGGCUUUGUGGGAGGCCUCUCCACUGUGGCCACGUGCACGCCAAGUGAGAAGUUUCUGAACAUGGGCGCACCCCUGGGAGUUGGCCUGGGUCUCGUCUUUGUGUCCUCAUUGGGAUCUCUGUUUCUUCCACCUACCACUGUGGAUGGUGUCACUCUGUACUCAGCAGCAAUUUAUGGUGGAUUAGCUCUUUUCAGCAUGUUCCUUCUAUAUGAUACACAGAAAGUAAUCAAGCAUGCAGAGAUAGUACCAAUGUAUGGAGUUCAAAAAUAUGAUCCCAUCAAUUCGAUGCUGGGAAUCUACAUGGAUACACUAAACAUAUUAAUGCGAGUUGCCAGUAUUCUAGCAACUGGAGGCAACAGAAAGAAGUGAAAUGACUCAGCUUCUGACUCCUUUAAAAAAUCAGAUACCUUUCUUAUUGAAUAAGGUCAGAUAUUCAUUAAAUAGGUGAUACAAGCAUCUUUUGUUGACGUUUAGAAGAUAAGAACUUGUCACCACCAUGUUUCAAAUGUUCUGGUAAUGUGAUGCUUCGGGUCUGCUUUUUCUUCUCAAGAAUAAAUUGAGUGGUUCUCUUCCAAAUAAGCACAUACAUUUCCAUUUUGCAUGUUUGAGUAAUUCUAAAAUGUUUUAAUGAAUGUGAAAACUAAGGUUUGUAUUGUGAA